AGCACUACUCGACGACGACGACGACCGUCGCCGCCACUAGUUACCACCGACGACCGGCAGUUCACAACGGACCGUACCUCACGACGCACUGCUGCAGCUGUCGAUCAUUGCACUCUAUCAUCGCCACUACCACCACCACUACUACUACUACUACUACUACUCUACUAUUAUUACCACCUGAGCAGUAGAAGUAGCAGCAACAGCAUCAGCAGUAGCCGACGUCUCGCGGUGUCGUCCGCGUACGGAUAAAAAAAAAAAAUAAAUAGAAAUCUCCUCCGGGACAUGGUUUAGUUUUCUCGUUUAAAUUAACUUACCCUUCGCAAUCCGACAUCCAACUCCCGAGUCUCCGUUAUAACCCGCACGCAUCACGUCCAAUUUUUCCUUUGACCGUGUCACCGCCAAACUGGUAACAAUUUCGCACCGCCACAGCUACCCGUCGUAGUAGUAGCCACGGCACCCAAACGACCGCCGCCGUACCGCACGACCGCCGGCCUCAGCCGCCGCCACUGCUGCACCACUGCAGCGCGCCUUAACGACGACGGACAGCCGCACGGCUGCACCAGACCGCACCAGACGCACCGCUAUGUCGCAUCAUUUCGCCGGCGCCGGAGACGUCGGAGUGCCCCUGAAAUCGACGGUCGGGGUGGGUAUACCUGUCUCGGCCGAAGAUAUAAUCCUACAGACUUUCGACAAUGAUGACAGAAAACUGCAGGUGUGCGGGUCCAUGCGACCGAUUAUCACAGAAUUGGAUAACAACAAAAAGGGAUCUAUACGAACAGAUGUUGCCGAUCUAGUUAUGGUCAAAUACAAAUGUUCAUCGAACGGGGUACCUAUAACACAGACCAAUGGCUCGACACUUCCGCUUGUACCGGGUUCAAGCAAAGAUGCCGAAUUCGGUGGCUACAAUCCAUUCGACCAUCGGACGGUUCAAUACCCAACCACGGAUAUGGAAACAUUUAUACAUCUGCUCAAAGGAAGUCUGGGCUCAGGCAUAUUGGCCAUGCCUUUGGCUUUUAUGAAUGCUGGACUAAUAUUUGGGCUCGUAGCAACCGCUGUAAUUGGAUUCGUUUGUACAUAUUGUGUCCAUAUACUGGUAAAAUCGUCUCAUAAAUUGUGUCGUAGAAUGCAAGUACCAGCAUUAGGAUUUGCUGAUGUUGCAGAAGUUGCCUUCCUUGCUGGACCACCAGCCUUCCAAAAAUUUUCCGGCCUAUUCAGAGGCCUCGUUAACAUAUUCCUAACCAUUGAUUUGCUUGGUUGCUGUUGUGUUUAUAUUGUUUUUGUUGCAAAAAAUAUUAAACAGGUUAUGGAUGAAUAUGUUUUAGAUAUAAAUGUUAGAUGGUACAUGUUGAUGAUGUUGCCAUUGGUAAUCGCUAUGAAUUUAAUACGUAACUUGAAGUACCUGGCUCCAUUUUCAAUGAUUGCAAACAUUUUGGUUGGUACUUGCAUGACCAUUACAUUCUGGUACGUGUUUCAAGACUUGCCACCCAUGAAAUCUGUACCUUACAUUACGGAUUGGCACAAAUGGCCACUCUUCUUUGGCACUGCCAUCUUCGCAUUGGAAGGAAUUGGUGUUGUAAUGCCAUUGGAAAAUAACAUGAAAACUCCACAACAUUUUAUUGGUUGUCCCAGCGUGCUGAACAUUGGCAUGGCUAUUGUUGUGCUUUUAUACUCUACUGUUGGAAUGUUUGGUUUUCUCAAGUAUGGUGAAGAGACUGAGGGCAGCAUUACUCUGAAUUUACCGAAAGAUCAAUUAUUGGCGCAGUCCGUAAAGGUCAUGAUAGCCGUGGCUAUUUUCCUUACAUACAGUCUUCAGUUUUACGUACCCUUUGAGAUCAUCUGGAAAGGCUCCAAGCACCGGUUUACAUCACACCCCGUUCUUUUUGAAUAUUUGCUCAGAGUGAUCUUGGUCGUGUGCACAGUUUUGAUUGCAAUUGCUUGUCCUAACCUGGGCCCGGUCAUAUCGCUCGUCGGAGCAUUAUGUCUGUCAUUUUUGGGUCUAAUCUUGCCGAGCUGCAUCGAUCUAGUUACAUGCUGGGAAGAACCUGGAUUGGGUAGAGGAUACUGGCGUCUGUGGAAAAACUUGGUCAUCAUAAUGUUCGGCAUUUUGGGAUUGGUUACCGGCGUUUACUGUAGUAUACUUGACAUCAUCGUACAGUUCAAUCAGUGAGCGUGCGCGCAAGUAAUGAUUUCAAUUACAAAAGGACGGCAGCGACACAACUCUCAUACAGACAGAACAGCAAUAUUAGCGUUGUCAAUUACAGCUAUUAGUGUCCAGUAAAAUUGUUUUUAAACAAAAAAACGACAAUAAAUAUUUUGUACUGAUUAACUAGGGUGCAACAGUGAAUUUUGAAAAAAAUUUUAAAACAAAAUCAUGGAUUUUAGAUAUUAGACUUUUAUCUUUUGUCAUCAGUUUUCGAGUAUUAUAUUAUUAUAUUAUACAGUGUUCCUAAAGCGGCCUUGUAAAUAUAAUAAUAAAAUAACAGACUAACAAAAAUUUAAGUAAAAAAUUGAAAUAUUCUUGUUGCUCAAUAUUUGUUUCCGUUUGUAGAACUUCAUGAUUUCUAUGAGUGUUAUUUGCUCGUAAUGGGAUAAUUUGGGUCCGAUCAAUAUUUCCUUAUUUUAUUUGAAUAUUCCAUAUAUUAUCAUAAAAAGUAAUUCAUUAUUAAUCCACAUUUAAAUAAUCUUUACUAUAGUAGUACUAUUAUUUUUCUGAUACUAUAUAGUAUAUACCAUAAGACAUUAAGUAUUUAGUUAUUUUUAUUUAUAUGCAUUUUUUUUUUAUAUAUAUAUUUUAUUUUAUUCUUCACUGUCUCAAAAAUAUAUAAUAUUGUUUUUACGUGUCUAAUGCUGAUAAACAAAUACAUUUCUGUCCAUUUAUUAUAAUAAAUAUUUGUUUGACCAAUAAUGUUAUAACAUUUUUGAUUGUUACUGUGAAAUUAUAACUAUGUUUAUUAUAAACAGAUUUACAUAAAAUAUAAAUGUAUUGAUAUUACAAUAAUCAGAUACCUAUUAGAUAAAUGAAGAUUUAUAGUUUGGCUGGAGUAAUAUUUGAAAUAUUACUUCCUACCAAACUAUAACUUAUCACUUUUCUUUUUACUUUGGACUAUAUUUGAAUAUAGUUAAUUAAUUAGUCAUUUUAUAUAUACAUACGUACUAUAUAGGUUUUACUAAAAACAAACAAUUCUUGAAAAAAAAUGCCAUUUUUUUAUCUAACUGAAUACAUGUUUUAGUCUAAUUGGGCAAUAACUAUAUUAUUGAAGUUGAGUGCAAUCAACUUGCUAUUAUUGUUCUUCAAUUAAUAAUUUAACUAAGAAAAUAACAAAUUGACUAACAAAUUUUAUUCACGGGUAAGUUCAUAUAAUAAAAAAUUAAUAGAUUUUUGAGAUAAUGAUGCAAAAUGUAGUUCUCUAAUUUAGUACUAUCAUAUUAUUCAAUGAUUCAAAUUUAAAACUAUUCCUAACCAUACCAAAUUAUAGCUCGUGUAUCUCUAUGUACGUACGGACCUCGUCGGUAAAUUCUUAAAAUCUAAUCAAUGUUAACUUCAUGUGUGUUUCAUUGUAUAUUUCUCUUUGGCAUACACUCAUAUUUGAUUACAUUAUGUUCGACUGAACAACAUAAUGUUUAGACCAUGUACAAACUAAUAGAAUAUUUUGUUAUAAAAUAAACAAAACUAUUUUACCUCAAAUUUAAAAUAACUAUAAGUAAUUGAUCGAAAUAGGAAACAGUUGUUUACCAAUUCACAUAACCAACAAUUAUUCAAUUACCUAAACAAUAUGAAUAAAUUAAAUUAUAUUAUUUAUUACCAGGAUUUCUAUCAUUUUAUUUACUAAAUAAACUAGGUAUCUAUGGUGCGAUUAGAAAAUAUUAAAAAUUAUUUUUACCCAAUGUAAAUUGGAAUAAUAUUAUUUCAAAAUGUUUGGAUAGCAUUUGAUAGGUAGGUAGUAAAUUUUUAAUUUAAAAAGGCGACCUUGUGAUGUAGUAAUAAUAAAUAUAUGAUAAUAAUAAAUAUGUAAUUUUGACAAAUUGUUUAAUAUUGUCGAUAUAGUAGCUAUAAGUUAUUUUGAUCAAUCUAAGAGGUAUUUAAAUGAUUUAUUUUUAGACUGAAAUUAUACAAAUUCAUAUCCAUCGUUGUUGAUUUAGUAUCUGAAUAUUAUUGUAUUUUAUUACGGAUAUUGAUAUACUUAUUUUUUUCCUAACUACAUAUAUUAUAUAGCUGGUGACUACUACCAAUUAACUAUUUAGUGAAGUGCUCAUUAAUUUAUCUAUUCAUAUAUUAUAAAAUUAUUGUUUGUCAAACGUCAUAAAAUCUAAGAUUCUAUUAAUUUGAAUAUAUUUUACCCUUCAUCGUAAGUAAUUAUUUUUGUGUACGUGUCUUUAAAUUACCAUCUUGCAUACAUAAUAUUACUUUUAUUUUUUAUAAUUGAGAAAUUAUAUUUUUUAUGGUGUAUACUUUGGUUAACAAUAAAUAUUAAUAUACAAAAUAUAGAAAAUAUUUAUUUACAAAACAUCUUAAUUGUUGUACGAAAGUUUCAAUUUAGAUUACAUAAUUUAUUACAUUAUUGAAAUGUUUAGUUUGAUUUAUAAAUGGGCAGUAUCAAUUAAAUUAAAAACAAAAAAUUAUUUCUUUUGUGUACUUAAUUUAAGAGCUAAAAAACGUAAGGACAAAUUUUGAAACAAAAAAGAAAACAAAAUGUUUCAAUUUUUUAUGUUUGAAAAAUUUAACUACAUUCGAUAGAAAAAUCAUUUCAUAGGUGUGAUAUGGUGUACAAUUGAAAUUAUUACAUCUUUUAUGCCUGGAAUUUGCAAGCAUCUUAAGAAAAUUUCUAAAUUUUUAAAACACAUUUUACAGCACAUCUCUUGAUCUUAAAAACAUUUUACAUAACAUAAUAUAUUAUACUAUAUUACAUUUAAUUAAUAAUUUAAACUCAAAAUACAUUAAAAACAAAAUAAAUACUGAAAAUGUAUUGAAAAAGGUACUCAAUCUGUAAAACAAAUAAAAAAACUAUAAAGGAAAAAGACUAUUGUUGUUAAACGACUAUGUGGUUGUUUAUUUGAGUGAUACACCCUGUACAGUUAAUUAUUACUAUUUUGAUAAUAACUGUGCUGAAUAUUUGUUGUCUAUAAUUUAAAUCGCAUUUAGAUAAUCUAUGUACCUUCUUAUGUUUAAUUAAACCAAUGACCGGAUAUUUUGUUUUAUAUUUUUUUUUUUGGUACCUAUUAUUUUUACUAAUAUAAUUUAUAGUGUAAGUUUUUGUUUUAUAUAAUUAAAGUAUAAUGAAAUCUGUGAUGUUACGCGAAACGAUAUUAUUCGGUAGCUGUAAGUAAUUAUUUUAGUCUAGAUGAUGCUGAUGAAAUAAAAAAAUGUCUAUGUAACAAAAUAUAUAAAAACAAAUUGAUAAUAUUA